UGUUUGCACUUCGCCGUUGGUUUCGUUGCCUUGUGGUGAAUUGCACGUAAUCCACCGUAGGAAGGGGGAAGCUUAGGAGCUGCAGAGCCGAUUAUUAGCCUCCACGUUCUGCGGCACAUUCUCAGACGUCCUGGGAUGGAGGAUGUUGGGAGAAUGAUGUGAGAGCCGAUUGUCCCUGUUUCAUUCCUGACUGUGUCGCAGCUGCGUAGCUAACCAUGGCGUUCGGUGACCUCCUGGAGCGGGUGGGCAGCACGGGUCGCUUCCAGGUCCUGCAUGUGAGCCUGCUCUGCUUCCCGGUCCUUCUCAUGGCCAGUCACAACCUGCUGCAAAACUUUGUGGCUGCGAUCCCGGCACACCACUGCAACGCGCACUCCAACGUCUCCGAGUCUCACCUGAGCCCUCAGGACAUACUGAGGAUCACGGUGCCGCUGGACGCCUCGGGGAAGCCGGACAGAUGUCAGCGCUACGCCACCCCGCAGUGGCACCUGCUCAACGGCAGCUCGGACUGGGAGGAAGAGAUAGUGGAGGUGCAAGGGUGCACUGAUGGAUGGUCCUACAACCUGACGGAGAUGAGCUCCACCAUCAUAUCUGAUUGGCACUUGGUGUGUGACCUACGCAGCUUGAAGCAAAUGGCCCAAUCCACCUACAUGGGAGGAGUCCUGGCUGGAGCUGUGGUGUUUGGAGGUCUUUCAGACAGAUUCGGCCGACGCAUCCUGCUGCUGAUGUCCCACCUGCUGAUGGCCGUGUCUGGGACGUGCGUGGCCUUCUCCACCUCCUUCAGCAUGUUCUGCCUGGCCCGGUUCUUCUGCGGCAUGUCUCUGUCGGGCAUCGGCCUCAACACCUUCUCUCUCAUUGUGGAGUGGAUCCCCACCCGUGUGCGCACCGUGGUGGGCACCAUGGUGGGCUACUGUUACACGUUGGGGCAGCUGAUCCUGGCUGUGGUGGCGUACUUCAUCAGAGAUUGGAGGUGGUUGACCUUGGCGGUGUCCCUGCCUUUCUACGUGUCCUUCCUCUACGCCUGGUGGUUUCAUGAAUCUUCACGGUGGCUGGUCCUGAACAACAAAUCCGACCAGGCCAUCAAGAACCUGAAGAGCGUGGCCAGGUUCAACGGCCGAGCUGAAGAAGGCGAUAAAAUCGACCUGCAGAUGGUUCAGGAAGCCAUGAAGAAGGAGCUGGCGUCCACUCAUCAGUCUCGCUCCGUCAUCGAUCUGUUCCGCACUCCCACCAUGAGGAAGAUGACUCUUUGCCACAGCGCCGUCUGGUUAUCCACCAGCUUCGCCUACUACGGCAUCGCUAUGGACCUCCAGAAGUUUGGGGUCAACAUCUACUUGAUCCAGGUGAUCUUCGGGGCGGUGGACAUUCCAGCUAAACUGGUCAUGACCAUGUGCAUGGGGUUCAUCGGACGGCGGCCGUCGCAGGCUACGGCUCUCAUUUUGGCAGGGGUCACCAUCCUGAUCAACCUGCUGGUGCCGUUCGAGAAACAGGCGAUCCGGACCUCCCUGGCUGUCGUGGGUAAAGGUUUACUGGCAGCCUCCUUCAACUGCUGCUACCUUUACGCUGGAGAGCUUUUCCCUACCAUCAUCCGACAGAACGGAAUGGGUUGGGUGUCCAUGAUGGCUCGAGUGGGCUCCAUGGUGGCCCCCAUCGUGCUUCUCUGUGACGACGACAUGCCGUGGUUGCCGGGGCUGAUCUACGGAGGAGCGCCCAUCAUCAGCGGCCUGGCUGCGGUCUUUCUCCCGGAAACACUGGGCUCUCCGCUCCCGGACACGAUACAAGACGUGGAAGACAGAGGAUCCGGGAGACGCUCCAAAACUUCACAGAAGGAAGCAAUAAAUCUAAAAGACAUCCAGGCGGAUCUCCUGAAGCCAGGUGUCUGAAGGCGUCUGAAACCUCCUGACGUACUUGAUGACAGGUUGAUCGCGUCGCGUGAAGACUGCCUGUCGGUUUGUGGGCUCAAGAAAUGUUUGAAUGCUGGAAUAAAGUUAAUUUAAGACAUGUCAGCACACUGACAUUUAGACCUGUACUUGAAGAUUCUGUUGUUUUUUUUUUUGUGAGUGAAAAUGAGAAAUCAGUUUUGACUGUGACAGUGUUCAACUUUGAUUAAAAUAGAUGUACAACUUUUAACAUGUGCUGAAUUCCAUUAAAAAAAACAAACAUGAUAUAAUAUAUAUAUUGUAAAGAGGAAACAUCUUGAUAAUAUGUACACCCUUUUAAACAUGGACAUUAUUGACACUGUUUUUGGACAGA